AUGCUCGGGUUCUCAGAUAUACUGUAUGCCCACGACGUGUGUGGGAGACGCACAGGCUGCGUGCCCAAGGACAGGGCCCGAGGAUCUCGUGUUGAGCCCUACAGAACAGCACAUUACAGCACAGUACAGCACAGUACAGUAUUACGACGCGACGACGAUCCUCCUCCUCCAUUCAAACCGCCUCUACUGUACUGUAUCAAAAUGCCUCAGCGCAUGAGCAGGAUCCAUUCGCAGAUUCGCGGAUUCACAAGCUCCCAGCAACGCUCACUCCUCCGGCAUGCGCCUGCAGCUGGCGCUCUGCAGGUCCUCAACCAUCUCUAUGGGCUGAGGUCCGCAGGCGCACCCAAUCAGGCCCAAAGACGAGCCUCCCCCAACCGCUUCAGCUCCAGCAGCGGCACUGUCAGCCUCUCGAGUGGUCGCUUCUUGCUAGGCUGGGGUGCCUCUUCAUGCUCAGCACAUCAAUCUAUAUCGCGACUCGUCAGGUCAUUACUUCUUCGUACCAUCAGCUCUCCGUUGCCACUCGCCACCUUGCCUCACCCAGAUGACUUUCGAACUCGAUGGACCGUCCUAGAAAGUCUACAGCCUCUCCCGCAGCACAAUCCGGCACGAGCAACAGAGUUUGCUGGGCUGAAGCAGAUAGAUGGAUGCCAAAUUACGUCUCCUCUUCCAAACGACGCGCUGAGGCCAGGAGGCGGUUUCUGCCCCCACCCCUACGCGGCGCCAAGGCAUCAGAGGCUCACGAGCUAUUAA